CAAAAGUUGAGGUGGCUCACGAGACGUUCACAUGAAUCCGUCAAGAAAAGGAUCAAUUUUUCAGAGACGUUAGCUGACUAGAGAUCUCUUAGUCUUGGUUUUAAAUCAAAAUGGCCCUGAGGCAGAAUCCUAUUUUACUGUUUCUCGUGCUAUGUUCCGGCUGUUCCAUCGCCAGUACUAGUUCGACGAGUAAACCAAACAUCGUGUUUAUCCUUACAGAUGAUCAAGAUGUUGUGCUAGGAGGACUUGUAAGUAGCAUUCAUUUAGAAAUCGCAGCUUAUUCCAGCGCUUCAGCUUUGAUUCGAUAAGAUCGACGACGAUCGAAGGAAUGUAAAUAUCUAUUUCUGUUACAACUGAAAAAAAGAAUAAGCCCUCUAGUUCUUUCCGUGGUUGUAGACGAUCAACCCGAAUCAAAAUCAUCGUCGUUCAAUAUUCCACUCUGUUCUUUUAAAAUUGACCUACUUCUUACAGGUAUAAGUGAGCUGUGUAACUAUUUUCAAAAUUCAACCAAUUUUCACAGUCAUAAACUUUAGCCUUUAAAUUCUCAUGUGACAUUUAUGGUGAGGCUAUCGAUCUGAAUUCUUCCACUUUCAAGAUCUCAUUAGUAAUUCUCCUUACUGUCUACCAUACAAUUCGCGUCAUGAAAGUUCAGAUAAUUUGUUCUUGGAUCAACUGUUAAUCCCCUAAUUGAUACUUCUGUUCAUUCUCAUCACUAGUCUGCUUGAUAUUGUAUCAAUAUUGUAAGGAGAAAUUCUCUUUUGAGCAUUUUUUAUUUGUACCACUUUGGUAGACUCCUUUGAAGAAAACUGAGACGCUGAUCGGUCAGCAUGGUGUAAAAUUUGACAACAUGGUAAGUUACUUCUACACUUCCAUACAGUGAGACCUAAGUAGUUUUUUUUUUUUUAUAAAUGAUGAUGUGACAGCUGAUUUCCACCUGCCAAUAAGUUCUUGGUGGCAAAGUUGGUAGAGCAUCCAACCACAACAAUGAGAACUGUUAAGGUUUUGAAGCCUCAGAAAUGACACAAUUUCUUAUUUUGCCCUUGCUUGUGGUUUAUGUUUAAUCCUUUCAGCUUCCUUACAAUAUCACCACAGAAUCAAACAUAAAGGUCACAAGAGAAAAGAAAAUAAUCACUGAUGAAAGAAGCUAUUGAUUGCUAGACAAAUUCUCCUUGUUAGCACAUUAGGAAAUGUGUUGCAAACAGAGUAGAGAAUAAGCUUACUGAUCUAAACCCUUUAACUCCCAGAUCAAAUUUGUGAUUCUCCUUACUGUCAACUACACAAUUCUUAUAAUGUUAGUUCUGAGAAUUUAGUAUUGGAUCAACUAAUUAUUCCCAAAUUUAUAUUUUUCUCUAUUCUCAUCACUUAUCUGAUUGAUAUUGUAUUGAUAUUGUAAGGAGAAAUUCUGUCUUGGUCACUCUUGGGAGUUAAAGGGUCAAGCUGCAAGAGGUUAACAUCUUUUUCUUUUGCCGGCAGUUUGUGACAAGUCCUCUCUGUUGUCCGAGCCGAUCAAGUAUUCUGACUGGACAGUAUAUACACAAUCAUCGGGCCAGAAACAACUCCAUAUCAGGAGGUUGUUCAAGUCCUGGAUGGCAACAGGGGCCAGAGAAGCACUCAGUCAGCACCUACGUGAAAAAGCUCGGUUAUCGAACAUUCUUCAGUGGGAAGUACCUGAAUCAAUACGGGAUGCCGCAAGUAGGGGGGCCUGAACAUGUUCCCCCAGGUUGGGAUGAAUGGGUUGGACUUGUAGGUAACUCCAGGUACUACAACUAUACAUUGUCAGUGAAUGGGAAUCCAGAGAAACACGGAGAUACUUAUGCCUCUGACUACCUCACAGAUAUUUUGGUAAGCUUAAAACAAACAGCAUUAAAAUUACACGAGACUACUGAGGUAAAAUUAUAUGUUGAAGGUUACUACCAUAACAAUCACUUGGUUGAAUAUGAAGAAGCCUGUUAAAUUACUUGAUUUUUUAAAACAAUAAUUCUUUGUAAGCUUAGCUUCAACAUCAAUAUGUAUGAACUAUUUAACUCUUAAGAGUGACAAGUGUCUAAGUUAUCCUUAAAAUAUCACUCCUUGAUCACAAUGUCAGGAGAAUAAGGGAAAUGAUCACCAACUAAAGAAGUUCUUGAUUGUUAAACAAAUUCUCCUCGACAGACCCUUUGGAAAUGUAUAGAGAUCAGUACUGAGAAUAUGCAAAGUGGUAAUUGACGUUUCUUCUUCUCAGAAAGAACAUGCAGUCAGUUUCAUAAAUGAGCAGUCAGAAGCAUCACCCCCUUUCUUUAUGAUGGUUGCCACCCCUGCCUGCCAUGCCCCUUUCACACCUGCACCUCAGUACAAGGAUAAUUUUAAUACAAGUAAGGCACCAAGGACAAAGAGCUUUAACACAGCAGGUGGACCUGUAAGUAGAGCCAUGUUUAUUUGUUCACAUAAUUUCCAAGAGGUAAUGGCCAAGCUUUCUUUAUAUGGACUGAGAAAAAGUCAAAGUUCAUGAUAAAGAGAAGAUGAAGCAGCCAAUUUCCAGCUAUCCUGAUCCUCCAAAAUUAAGACUGCAUUGCAAUAUAUUGACCAUAAAGGAUUACGAGGGCAUCAUAAUUACAUGUGGUAAUUGAAAACCAAGCUAAUUAUAAUAAAAGCCAAUCAAAGCAAAGAAUAAUAUCGCAUGGGAACACCUGAGUGACCAAGUCACAAUAUUAUUAGUUUUAAUUUAAAAUCUGAUUGGUUGAGGUUGAUACUGGCACUAGUUUUCCCAACAAAUUACAGAGCAAAGUAAAAAGAAACAAAUCAAAAGCAAUCCCAGAUUACCCUGGACAUUUUAUUGAAACUUACUCUGUAAUAUGGCAAAAAUAUUAAACCCAAGGGUUUCAAAAUAGAUUCAUAUCCUUUACUUGUCUUUAUUGUAUUUGUUAUGCUGCUUUCAAAAUGUACCCAUUUCAUUUGAAAACUACCAGAGGAUAUUUUUCAGAUAUUGUUACAAAGCAGACCUGUUGCACACACCAACCAGAAUUACUUGUACAAGCAAUUUAUCUCUUCAGAAUCAUAGCAGGCAGUCCCGAGCAGGCAACACAAGAGAUUACCUUACUGACUCAGUGAAGCAGUUGGAACAGACAUAUGGAACAUGUGUCAUGUCAUCUGCUCACAGACCCAGCUCACACAGUACAUUGUACAACAAGCUAUUACAUUAAGACACUGAAAUGCAUGCUUCCCUAAAUUUGCACACCUGCAAUAAUUUUUAUAUUCCUUUUUCUUGUUGUCGUUUUAAGACCAAGCACUGGCUGAUCAGAAACACUCCACAUCCAAUGAAGGAUUCAUCCAUCAAUGCCUCAGAUUCUAUCUUCAGAAACAGGUUUGGAAAAAUUUAAUUACAUCCCCCCAAAUAAGAAUUUCUUGGUACUGCACAUUUUAUAGAAGCAGAUAAGAUGUGUGUAUUUUAAGCUGACCCUAAGGAUAGAAAAAUCUCAGAAUAUGAAAAAGAAAGUUUGCUGCUUUGUAUCAACUGAUCCAUUCUAACAUUGCGUUUUAAGGUGGCGUACUUUGUUAUCAGUGGAUGAUCUUGUUGACCAAGUCGUUCAGGCAUUGGACAAGGGGAAACACUUGGAGAAUACUUAUAUCAUAUUUUCAUCAGAUAAUGGAUUUCAUCUGGGUAAAUAUGACGAUACACAUAACAAAAUUCAAAGAGUUAUUACCCACAAGUGACUAUUUCUUGUGUGGGAAAGUGUAAUCAUCUGAUGCUGCAAUCACACCAGUGAAGCAUGAUUAGUUAAGACAUGUUCACCUGAAUUAAAUUCAGCCACAAAAAACUGGAAAAAAGGAAGUUUAUAAUGGACUCAAUUUAUCAGUUACUUAAAUUUUCAGUGUAAGCAGUCAGUGUAAGCAGUCAGUCAGUGUAAGCAGUCAGUCAGUGUAAGCAGUCAGUCAGUGUAAGCAGUCAGUCAGUGUAAGCAGUCAGUCAGUGUAAGCAGUCAGUCAGUGUAAGCAGUCAGUCAGUGUAAGCAGUCAGUCAGUGUAAGCAGUCAGUCAGUGUAAGCAGUCAGUCAGUGUAAGCAGUCAGUCAGUGUAAGCAGUCAGUCAGUGUAAGCAGUCAGUCAGUGUAAGCAGUCAGUCAGUGUAAGCAGUCAGUCAGUGUAAGCAGUCAGUCAGUGUAAGCAACUUCUUAGAAGAAAACCGUGUUUAACAAAGCACUGGUCAUAACUGCACACCAUUUGCUUGUUUAGGUCAGUUUUCUCUUCCACAAGACAAGCGGCAGCUGUACGAAUUUGAUGUACGCGUUCCCUUCAUGAUCCGUGGUCCUGGAGUGAUGGCUAACAAAACAUCACAGGUGAAAAUGUCAUUCUUAGAAUAUAGUGCGGUUACGAUCAUUGCGUCCUUUAAAAGAAGUGAUACCGGCGGUGAAAUGUUUCUCGAAGAAACGUAAUGGUGGUUCUUACCGAAAAAAAUCCGUUGAUUGAGUAGAGUGACUGUUCGGACGAGAGACGUUAAGUUUAGCUGUUAGUGGUCGGUCUCAGAACACAUCCACGGUGACCUGAUGACAUACAAAGUGCGCUGGACUCAGGGCCGAGAGGUCUGGGUUCGAGACUUAGCCGGGUACUCGGGUAAAUAUGUUGUGUUCUUGGGCAAACACUAUGCCUCUCUCCAACCAGGAAUAUUAAUGUUACUGGUGAAUUGUCAGGGAAGCCUGAUGAAAUGCUGGGGAGUAACCUCGCGAUGGACUGGCAUCCCAUCCAGGUGGGAGUGGUAAUACUACUAGUCGCUCCAUGCGAAGGAAACAGAGAUACAAUCAAGCUGGAUGGGCCACAGUUUCUUUAGAAACUCACCCCCUUAUAGUUAUCAGAGUCUCACAAUGUGGGCGUGGCCCUAAAAUACAAAGAAAUAUUGAAUUUGUUGUCAAUAUUUUAGUUUUUAUGUUUUCUUCUUGGCAAGCAGGGUAGUGACAUAGUUACUAUGAAGAUGAUCGUGUAGCCCUCUGGAAUUAUUCAAACUAAGCGUUCACCAAUUUUGUUUUACAUUUUGUAGAGUCCUAUUCUCAAUAUUGACAUAGCACCGACUAUUGUGGAGCUAGCUGGCGGGAAAGCCCCUGAGUCCAUGGACGGACGAUCGAUUCUCCCUCUCUUGGUGCGUUAUUAGUGCUUGAGGAUAGUUCAGCUAAAACUUGCCUGCAGUAGCGUUUGCCGAAAGAAACACGUUUCAGCGAGCUUAAUUAUACACGUAACAUGGUCAGUCGUGAUGAAAACUGAAAUGCGGUUCUACGGAAGCGCGCUCUCCAUUCAACCGAAAAUUCUGGGCGCAAAAUCAAAUGGAAAAUAUUUUUGAGGAAGGAAUAAUUCCUUAGGGCAUCCUGUUUUCCUACAGCAUGGCACAGUCUGAUCCACUUGGCUUUUUUAGCAAGGGAUAUUUCCUUUUUUUGUUAUUUAAUCACAGCUUUUAACUCCAAACGUUUUCAUAGCUUGGCGUUUCGUCGCAGUCGAUGCUGUUCUAGACAGACAGCGUAUAGUAAUUUUGUACAGAGGGUUACCUGUUGGGCACAGUGUAACUCUUGUUGAAAGUUUUAACUUGUAACAGACCUUCAAGUAGUUUGUAUAUCUCUCUUACUCUUUCUGUGUUGUUCUACUAGCAGUUCAGUUUAAGUUACAAGUAGCUUGGUAAAAAUUCUGUUUGUCUAUUUGCCGAAAAGAUAAGUCGAUAAUCACUUUUGUUCUUCAAUUUUAGAAGGCAGAUGGCGAGAGCAGCCACAAAGGGGUGAGUUUUUUAAAAGCAAAAAAUUACAAUCACUGUUUUACACAUCUAUACCGCACUUUUCGCAAUUCCAAACCGGGUCAAAAAAAAUUAUUUACCACCAUCAUAGUUAGUAGAACUAACUAUGCCACCAUUUUUAGUUCUCUUUCGUUUAUUGCACGUUUUUUUUCCUUGUAAGAAAUCGGUGUUUCGCUAACAAAGUAAGACGCUUUAAAACCCUCAAAUUGGACAAAUUUCGAUCUCCUUCUCUCAUUCACCCUCUGAAAAUUAGUUUUGCCAUUUCUCCUUCAUGGUUUAGCUUCCAUUUGUGAAAAGUGUUGCUCUUUGUUUCUAUUCAGGGAAACGCAAAUUGGCGGACAGACUUUCUUGUUCAACACUUUGGUGAAGGAGAUCUUAAGAUUAGGGGCUGUCCGCAGCUUUCUCCUGGUGUGUCGGUAUGUAACUCGUCGCAGAAUUUUAAUUUGCCAGAUUCCUUUCAUAAGGCUCUGUUAAGUCUAGUAUCCAGACCUUCUACUGCCAUGUGGUAAUAGUUACAGUUACAGUUACAGUUACACAGUAGGAUCUGGAUACGAGAUUAGCUCUGUCUAAGUAACAUACCCUGACCUUCCACGGCCAAGCGGUCCUACAUUUCAGUUACAGUUACACGGUAGGUUCAGGGUCCCACCUCAUUGGCACUUAUAGUUUUCAUGGUCUCCCUUCCACGGUGACUGUGUGCAGAUACCAGUAAUAAAAGUCUAUGCAGGUAAUUGCCCUUGAUGCAUACAACAGAAUUUGAGGCAUAAAAGUUUGACGUUAAGCAGAAUAACAGUUGCCUUUUAUAACUAUACGACUACUGAGUUUAUUAGAAUGUAUCUUGAGCUCCAAUUACGUGUUUCCUUCAUUCUACCAAUGCAAAAUGAAUAAUUGAUCAGAAAGCCGUAGCCUGCGUAGCCAGGCCUCUAAAGGAGGGAAGAGGGGGGUGAACAGAAUAAAAGGAACACUCAUUUUUCUUUUCCCCCUUUAUACUUUCCAUUUUAUUUUCUUCUUUAGUGUUGUUGGCCCAACUGUGUGUGCGAAGACGCUUGGAACAACACAUAUUCUUGUGUCCGUUCUCUAAGCUCGUCGGAGGAUAUGAUGUACUGUGAGUUUAACGACAAAGAGGUAACUUUAACAAAGAACAGAUAAACACGUACUACAAUGGGUUUGUCUAAGGGACACUAGGAACGACACGGGUGUGCAGUCAGUCCAUUAUUAUUUCUUGUUAUAGGUUUAGGCAUGAAGUUAUAUGCAAGAACUUAAAACCUGUUGCUUGGUUCACGAUUUCGAUUUCCAGCGCUUUCCAUCGAUUGUUUGUUUUCCUGCGCACUGUUCUGUGGCGUGUUUCCGCGCGAAUUUCUUCCUUUUGAAUGCUUUCCAGGCUUUUUUAUCUUUCUCUUCUCGAUUCUUUCUCGGAGUUUUCAAACUUUGCUGUUUUUCGUGUAUUCCAAUACAGGCCUUUGUGGAGCUGUACGAUAUCAAGAAAGAUCCUGAUCAACUGACGAAUAUCGUCAAAAAAGUUGCUCCGAAAUUUCUAGCAAAAAAACACUCUCGCCUCGUGGAUCUAGCGACAUGUUCAGGGGAUUCCUGCAGGGAAGCCUACAGUGAGACCGUGGAUUUAGGGCUUUGAAAUAAUACCAAUCGGUGAAAUGUGACCACUCAAAAGAAACUAGUACAGUACUAAGAAUACUAAAACAAUAUCUUUCGGGCACAGCGGGGAAUAAAGGAGAUGUUCACCACUGAAGAAGCUCUUGAUUUCUGCACAAAUUUUCCUGGUUAGCAUCUUAGGAAAUGUAUGAAGGGUAGGUCUAUUGAUGUGAGUGUGCAUCAAAGGGUUACAAUAUUUUAUUGCAAAAUAUUUCCAGAAUUAUUUCGCUAGAAAAAAAGCAGUGAUUGAUUUUCAUAGAUAGUACUAGUAAACAUAAUUGUAACCAACCAAGGACAAUUAGAGUGUUUAAUUGGAUUAUCAGAGGAAAUUAGAUUUCAUGUUCAUUUCACCUUUAUUGGAUAACAAAAGGCUU